AUGACUCCCCGUUCCUCACUCUCUCACCGAUCAUCUUCCUCCGACAGUCACAAACGGAAACUGAACUGCAACGGCCUCGAGGAUCUCCUCCACAAGAUGAAGAAACACGAGGUCAGCGCCGAGUCAUCGAAUCGUCCCGAGUCGACUCAGCUGCAGGUCUUCGUGAGGAUGAUGUCUGGAGGGAAAACGAUAGUGAUCCACGGGGACAAGAAGGACACAGUGGAGCAGCUCCACCACAGAAUCGAGCUAAAGACCAAGAUUCCAGCAAAGGAGCAGCGUGUUGUCUACAAAGGCAAGCAGCUACAGCUUGAACACUCCUUGAGCUACUACUCCAUCGAGCAAGACUCCUCCCUUCACCUCCUUGGACGUAUGCAAAGCACGGAGCAUCCCGUGGCUUGGCAAACCGUUAAUGAUGUCAUGUACGAAGUCUCUCGGAUGCUCAGGGGAGAUUGGUUUGUCUCCGUUGAAAGCAUCAACGAGAUCCUCGUCACGUUUUUCGACAUGAUGCCUAAGAAAGAGACAGGUGAGUAUCUCAAGAUUUUCUUGAACUCUUCGGUUCCAGCUGCUCUUGUGAUGCUCUUUGCUUCUCCUUUAGAGAUCAACAAAUCGUGUGGGAAGAGUUCUAUUAAGCUCUUCUUUGAUAGUUGUAUAGACUUGCCUGAUAAUCAGCAGAGAUGUUGUUUACCUGUCUUGUUAGAGUUCUUUAGAUUGCUUAGGAGGGUUUGUCCUCGUAACAAGCUUUACGUGUCUUGUCGGAAUACCUUGGGAUCUGUGCUGGAAUUGGUUUAUAGCUCUGGUGAGUCUCGUAGUAGCUUGUUGGCUAUUGGGGAUGAAAUCUUCCCGUGUUUAAGCGAGUUAGUUAAACUUCUGGUGAAACAGUUAGUGGAUGAUGAUGAUAACUCAGGGCCUAGUUCAUGUGACGUUCAGAAACUCUCUUCCUUCUGGCAACCUUUGAGGUAUUCAAUACAAAACCAAGCUGAACCUUUCACUCUCAUUGCUUUGCCUCUGCAAAACAAUGUAUUGGGGAAGCUUUAUCACAUCUUCGGAAAGUUGUUGAAUGCAAUGGGGAAAGGUAUGUUAAGACUUGAAUCCUUGUUGGCGAGAAGAGGAGCUGUGGCUGCAAAGUGUUCUCAGUAUCUUGCUAUACUGAAGAUUGUUAGUUCAAUGUCUGAGCUCUAUCAAGGUGGUAAGGAACGGGUAGGUAUGCUUUUGAGUAGCAGGAAGGCUUCAUUCUGCGCCCUUGUUUUGAAAUUCGUGAAAAGAGGGGAUGAUGAUGAUGAUCACCAAUGGAUCUUUAAGUAUAAGGAAGCUACAACCUUUGAAUCUAGGAGGCAUUUGGCAAUGCUGUUGUUUCUGGAGGUGGAAGAAGAAGAAGAAGACUAUGAGGAGAUGCACGAAAUGCUCAUUGAUCGGUCCAAUUUGUUAGCUGAGUCAUUUGAGUAUAUAACGGAAGCAAGCUCAGAGGAACUUCAUGGUGGUCUGUUUAUGGAAUUCAAGAAUGAGGAAGCUACUGGUCCUGGUGUUCUAAGGGAAUGGUUUUAUUUGGUAUGUCAGGAGAUAUUUAAUCCGCAAAAUACCCUCUUCACUCCAUCUGCUGACGAUUUCAGAAGAUUCUCUCCAAAUCCAGCAUCCAAGGUGGAUCCAUUGCAUCUGGAUUACUUCGAGUUCACUGGUCGUGUGAUUGCUUUAGCUUUGAUGCACAAAGUUCAAGUUGGGGUGCUAUUCGACCGUGUUUUCUUCCUGCAGUUGACGGGAAAGAAAAUUGGUUUGGAAGAUAUAAAGGACACGGAUCGAAUCAUGUACAACAGCUGCAAACAGAUUCUAGAGAUGGAUCCAGAGUGUUUCGAUUUAGACGCACGUCUUGGUCUAACAUUUGUGUCUGAAACCGAGGUGCUGGGAAAAAGAGAAACAAAAGAGCUGCUUAAAGACGGAAAGUCUAUUGCCGUUAACAGCAAGAACAGGGAACAAUACGUUAAUCUACUAAUCAAACAUCGAUUCGCCACAUCAGUCUCUGAGCAAGUAAAUCAGUUUUCUCACGGCUUCUCGGAUAUCCUUGCAGAUACUGCACGGUUUUUCAAGAGAUUAUACGUUGAGGAUUUUGAUUGCAUCCUUGGAGGAGGAGAUAACCUGAUAAGUAUAGAUGAUUGGAAGGCGCAUACAGAGUACAAUGGAUUCAAAAAGACUGACCGCCAAAUAACCUGGUUCUGGAAGAUUCUGAAGAAAAUGACAGAGGAAGAAAGGAGGAGUGUACUCUUCUUUUGGACAUCGACUAGGUUUAUACCAGUGGAAGGGUUUAGAGGGUUAUCAUCAAAGCUUUAUAUCUACAGAUUACAUGAAGGUAAGGAUCAUCUUCCAACGUCUCACACUUGCUUUUACCGUCUCUGUUUACCAAAAUACCCCAAGAUUGCUCUCAUGGAACAACGACUUCGACUCAUUGCUCAAGAUCAUGUCAGCUCCAGUUUCGGUCAAUGGUGA